AUGGAUGCACACACAACCUUAUUCACGCACGAGUUCAAGACCCUUCUGAUGAGCAGCAACGUCGACCGUCUGGCACACGCCCUCAGCAAGCUCAACCGCCCGACCGAGACCGAGACCGAGAUCGACAGCGAGUCACGCAUUCGUUCACCAAACACAACGGACACCUCCUCCCCCCCUGGGUGGGAUCGCCAAUGCAACCACUCGUGGUGCUCAAGUCAGGGUUCGGUAGAGGUGAAGAGGGUGGUUGAUUUGAAAAGGAAGAGGAAAACUAGUAAGCCCAAGGCCCGGAAAGCCAACUAAAUACCCCGCCAAUACCUAAGACACCAUUGCACCUUCCACUUUGCAACUAAAAUACCCAAUAGAAAGCCAAAGUCCUAUCUGCAUCCAGUGAAGCCCGCUUUGGCUUUCCUGUAACAUACAAACGAACAAACCAGGGCUGAGUAGUAUAUUUCUAGAAGGACGA